UUGGCAAGUUUUUUUUUUCCAGCAACUUGUAGAUCCUUCUCUGAUUGAGAAUUUUCAAACAGUACCUCAACCUGAUGUGUAGUACCCACAAACAAGACCGACCCAUCUUUUAGACGACAACAUGCCACGGUAAAGAUAGAUAAAACCAGUAAGAAAGCUUCUGCACCAGCAGUAGUAUACACGACAUCUUCCGGUUCCGCGUGAGUGUGCGACAUCUCCUGUCGGCGAGAGCAGCUGCGAUGACGGAAACGCUUCUGGCCUCCGCUGCUUUUGGCGGCGGGGAUAAUAAAGUUGACGGGUCAACAUCUGCAGCCUUCCAGAAGAAGAAGGACGCUGCGCUGCACAAUGUGUGGUGCAUCAUUGUUUACAACUUUUGCAGCGCCAUCAGCAUCGGAACGGCGUUGGGCCCGUUUUUCGAGAAGUACGUGCUCCAGGUGCAGCAGGCGCACGACGGGGCGCGCGCCAACGCCACGGUGGGGUUCUGCGAGUCCUUGUUCGGGUUUUCGCAGCUGUUGGUGUUCUGGCCCGUGGGGCUGGUGGUGGACCGCCAGCCGGAGCGCCGGAACGUGCUCGCCCGGUGGAUCGCAAGAUUGGGCUUGGUAUCCUGUGCAAAAGUAUCGUACUAGUAGAAAUCGCAUGACAAAUUUUGUCAGCAUGAGAAAUGAUAUGAAAUUUGUAAUGCGGUUUUACCUCGAGAAGUAAUGAGUGGGAUUACUACGAGUGCGAUAAUUUUGCUGUUCAUACUUGGGCGCCGUCUUCCUGCUCGGCAGCGCGUUCGCGUCCAACUACCUGCCCUUCAUCUACGUGGCCAUGGUCAUUCUGGGAAUCUUCUACGAGGGCCUCACCUCCAGCUCCGAGACGCUGUUCGCCGACAGUGUGCAGAUAUUAUCACAGGAAGGUGUGUUGAAAUUGUAAUAUAUCAUUCUACAUACGUAAAACUAAAGAGAUAAAGAUUGAGGUGCGGAUUAGAAUUAGUUGCAAUCGUUUUGUUUGCAUUUCGAACAUAGUUCACUGGAUUUUUGCGAUUCGGAUUCGUUUCUUUUUCGCACGAGUAGACAGCGCAACAAGAGUAGUGUUAGAAAAUGACAUAGCAGGUCUUUAUUCUUGUGCUGGUGGUCGGACAAGAACAUCAUACUUGCAAGGAUUUUUCGGCGGAGGAGCUAGUAAGAAGUACAAGAGAAUCAGAACGAUCUUCAUGUGUGUCUCAUAGUACUUACAACACUCUCACUUUCCCCACUCCAGGCGGGAGCACGACGGAGGACCAGGCGAAAAUUUCGGCCGAUUGGUUCACGAAGAAGAUGAUCGCGAGCUACAGUGGCGUCGCGUUCUCCCCGGUGCUCGGGAUUCUCUGUGUGGAGUACUUCCGGCACUACGUGUCGCCGAUGGUGAUGCUGACGCGGGGCGAGUUCGCCGACCAAAUUGGCGUGGACCUCGACCAGACGACGCCGGUGGUCGUCACGACAGCUACAGGAGGUCCACCUCCAGGAUCCCCCUCGUCCACUGCCGCAAUCCAAGAAGCCGUUCCACCCGCCGCCACGCAGCAGGUGGGUGCGGCAGCGGUGGAUGUGUUUUGGAAUAUGGACCUGCUGCACUUCAUCCUCAUUCUGGGUUUGGUCCUCAUCCUCCCGGCCGUGUGGAAAAUCUCGGGGCUGCAAAGCGUCGGACGGUCCGGUGGGCCGAAGGAUGGUGGAAACGCCGGCCAGCUGACCGAGGCGUUGCUGGGCGGUGAGGACCCGGACGCGGCGACGAAACGCGACUUUAAGCGGUACGCGCCCUACGUGAUCGCCGUGGCAGACUUCGCGCAGUGCAUCGGGGCGGGCAUGACGUUCAAGUACUUCAACCUGUUUUUUAUCCAGGACUUCGGGUUCGGGCCCAACGCGAUCUGCGUCCUGCAGAUCGUGUACCCCUUGUGCAUGGUCUUCAUGGCGGAGGUGUGCAACCGCGUGCUGCUACCGCUGUUCAGCAGCAGCCGCGCGAAGGUAAGCAUGGUCUGCCGCCUCGUGGCCAUCUUGGGUCUCUGGCUCAUCGGCGGGGCAUUUCCCUUCUCGUCCUCGUCUGCGGAGAUUAUGGCGAGUGGUUCUGGUGGUGACGGGCACGGGACAGGUGCGACGACUUCAACUGACUUCGUUUGGCUUCUGCAACUAGACAGCGCAAGAACCACUGCGCCCGCUGAAGACAUGAACCACAACGCAUUGACACCUGUUGCAGAAGUUGCUGGCCGCUCUGUUCUUUCAUCAUCAGCAGCAGCCCUCGCGGAGGACGGACAGCAAGAGCUGCAAGAAAAUCAAAUAAUGCAGAGGCCAGCAACCGAAUCUUCAGGACGAGGACUCGCGGCCUUCAACAAUCAACCCUCGCCUUAUUUUACAACAAGUCGGUUGUGUGAAGAUUAUCUACUCCAGACGCCAGCAACAGCGGAGGUCGCACCUCCGACGUGGUUCUGGUGGUCGAUGUUAUUUGGGGAACAGAACCUCCAAAGCGACGUAGGUUUGGUGACAGCUGGACGAGGGACGACAUCGCAGACGACGAUCCUACCGACCUUGCUGGACUGUGCUUCGGUUCCUUCCACGACCUACACUGGAAUUAUGAAUGUGCGUAUUUACAUUUACAUCAACUCCCGCUCCGUCCAUUUGUGAAGCAUACCAAAAACAAAUCUUCCAUUGCCUUAUUACGCACUCUCUGCAUCGUGGGUUGCGGAACGGAAACCCUAAGAACCAGUACUACAAUUCAACAAGUGCAGAAGAAUCGUCAUGCAAAACAAGUUCUUGCAUUUGGAUUUGUGUAGUCCUAGCUUCUGCAGCUGCUUCCCAAAAUAUAUGCCUUUCAUCGAAGAUGAGUGGGAGAUGAUGGGGUAGAAGUUGUGUACUAGGAUAGGAAUGCUGCUGGAACCGAUUGACUCGGGGACGCAACAUGGAAUGAAGAUCGCGAAGGAGCUGCGGAGCGAGGUUUUGACAACUACGAAAAUGAAUGCAGCAGCCGGGGAAGAAGAAGUAGAACAAGAACUAGGGCAACUACAAGCACUAAAUCCGUUCAAAAACAAAAUGAUCUACCUCGCCGGCGGACCACAUCAAGCACCUUCCGCGAUUGAUAACAUUCACGACCACGUGGAUCAUGUUGUUGAACUUGAACCAACGAAGAGUGCUAAGAAUACCAUCUUCAUGCCGGCUGUGACGAAGAAUAAAGAGAUACAACUACUAGGAAGAGACGUCGCACCAGCUGGAACAACGAGUAGAACAAGAACCUACGCGCUAGUUAGUACUACAGCCGCAUCCACUGCAGGCGCUUCUACCGGUAGUUCUAGUGCUGCCGUUGGUGCGCUGGAACUACAAGAAUCAAAUCCAGCAACCACAUCAACAUCAACUCCUCCGACCGCAGGAACAUUCACGUCCUGGAUCGCGGGAGUUACCUACUACGAGCCAGCCGUGCUGGUCAUCUUCCUGGUCACCGGGUCGUUUGCCAUGGCCACCCCGGGGUUCGACAAAAGCAUUCUAAUGGACCACGUUGCGACGGAAAACCGCGGCAAGUGGAACGCCCUACUGUCCUUCAACGGAUUCGCUUUCCGCGGCAGUGCCUUGUUUGGCGGGGUGCUGGCCGACGGACACAGUGGCGACUACCGCCCGGCCUUUACCUACGCGGCGGCAAUCUACGUCUUGUCGUCCCUCCUGUACGCUCCGUUGAUGCGGAUGGUACGGAAGUAGUGAACUGCAGCUUUGAGAAGUUUCUAUACGCAAACCUAUAGAAACUUCUUCCCGUCUAUCAUGGUCUUCAUGUGGAGCAACGUCACGAUAAGUACUUCUUGGUCUUUUUACAUUGUUAAAACAUGGCUCUAGUUCUUGAUGCAGAGUAGAUGAUGAAGAGAGCAGGGUACAACUAUUUGAAGAUGUCAUCAGUGCCAGCGCAUUCUUUUCACGAAGAAAAUGCGGGAACUGAAACUUUCUUCUAGUAAAAGCCAACGAUUCGGUAUAACCUCCUUCUCAACUGCCGACGACGCUGGUUCGAAAACAUGAUCG